CGUUGGCUGGUCCUGAACCGUUUGGCUUUCUCUACUAGCAAACAGCCCCACAAAUGCACCUCAUUCGCUCUUAAAUAUGUAUUUUUAAAGCGUUUAACCCGCGUCUACGCCGCUGUAAGCCGAACCGGACGCUUGUUUGGGAAUUUAACUCGCGACUCGCCGCCUCAGUGCGGGUUUAUAACGCUUUAUUGCGGCUCUGUUUUAAAAAAUAGCCGAGGAGGAGGAAAUUCCACACAGGCAGCACAGCACAGAAGGCUCCCCUUGUGUCGCCCGGGAUAUUAAAUACACUGGUUCUCAAAGUGGGAUCUGGGGACCCUCGGGGGUCCAUGAAACAUAGCCAGAAUGUCUUCAAUUUAAAAACAAAAACAGACUGAAGAAACUCUGCACAGGAGGCUGAGGUUAAAAGCCUGACGUCCUGACGAGACCUGAUCACAUGAAGAACUAUCAAGGAGACGACGGGGACGACCUCGAACUUCAGUCCUCAUUUGGCAAGACUACACCCAAAGAAGUGCUGAGACACUCGGACAGGACCCUCCUAAAACGAUUGCGUUGCGGAAAAAUACUUGAUACUGUGGCUUGUAUCUCGUGUGCUGACCUCAUGGUGUAAGCAGGUGUAAAGAUGAGCAUAAGCAGUGAUGAGGUCAACUUUUUGGUGUACAGAUACCUACAGGAGUCAGGGUUUUCCCAUUCAGCCUUCACGUUUGGCAUAGAGAGCCACAUCAGCCAGUCCAACAUCAACGGAGCCCUAGUGCCCCCUGCUGCCCUCAUCUCCAUCAUCCAGAAGGGCCUGCAGUAUGUGGAGGCAGAAGUCAGUAUCAAUGAGGAUGGCACCCUGUUUGAUGGCCGGCCGAUCGAAUCCUUGUCUCUGAUCGAUGCUGUGAUGCCCGAUGUGGUGCAGACACGCCAGCAAGCGUACCGAGACAAACUGGCACAGCAGCAAGCUGCCGCCGCACCUCCAGCCUCCAGCACUAACAUGCAGGGCAAUGCCAAAAAUGGAGAGAACACCGCCAACGGAGAGGAGAAUGGUGCACAUGCCUUACCUAAUAACCAUGCAGACAUGAUGGAGGUAGAUGGAGAUGUGGAGAUUCCUCAGAAUAAAGCUAUGGUGCUGAGGGGACACGAGUCCGAGGUGUUCAUCUGCGCCUGGAACCCCGUCAGCGACCUGCUCGCUUCUGGGUCUGGGGACUCGACGGCUCGCAUAUGGAACCUGAGUGAGAACAGCACCAGCAGCUCGACACAGCUCGUGCUCAGGCACUGUAUACGAGAGGGAGGCCAGGACGUGCCCAGCAACAAAGACGUUACAUCAUUAGACUGGAAUAGUGAGGGUACAUUAUUAGCCACAGGCUCUUAUGAUGGCUUUGCCAGAAUAUGGACAAAAGAUGGUAAUCUUGCCAGCACCCUAGGUCAGCAUAAAGGCCCUAUAUUUGCGUUGAAAUGGAACAAGAAAGGAAAUUUUAUCCUUAGCGCUGGUGUAGAUAAGACAACAAUCAUUUGGGACGCUCAUACAGGAGAGGCCAAGCAGCAGUUUCCUUUCCAUUCAGCACCUGCUCUGGAUGUGGACUGGCAGAGCAACAACACGUUUGCCUCCUGCAGCACGGACAUGUGCAUUCACGUGUGCAAACUGGGCCAGGACCGACCCAUAAAGACAUUCCAAGGACACACAAAUGAAGUAAAUGCAAUCAAAUGGGAUCCAACUGGCAACUUGCUGGCAUCAUGUUCUGAUGACAUGACGCUGAAGAUCUGGAGUAUGAAACAGGACACAUGCGUUCAUGACUUGCAAGCUCACAGCAAAGAAAUUUACACUAUAAAAUGGAGCCCAACUGGCCCUGGCACCAAUAAUCCCAAUGCCAAUCUCAUGCUUGCCAGUGCAUCCUUUGACUCCACUGUUCGGCUAUGGGAUGUAGAUCGAGGCAUCUGCAUCCACACAUUAACCAAACACCAGGAGCCGGUGUACAGUGUCGCCUUUAGCCCUGACGGCCGCCAUUUGGCCAGCGGCUCUUUCGACAAGUGUGUACACAUCUGGAACACGCAGACUGGUGCUUUAGUUCAUAGCUACAGGGGAACAGGGGGCAUUUUUGAAGUGUGUUGGAACGCCGCUGGUGACAAAGUGGGUGCGAGUGCAUCGGAUGGCUCUGUUUGUGUAUUAGAUCUGAGGAAAUAACGCUGCUUGUUGGAAGCCAUGGACCGACUAUGAAUGUGUACAUAGCCAAAAUGACUGUCCCUGCCCCAUGUACUGCUACAAUCCCUAUUGUACCAUGGCCAGCCACUACAGACAGGACGGGGAAAAAAAAAAAACGAGCAUCCUGACGCAGCAGACGAAGCAGAGUGGAAGUGAUUCCAACCAGAGACAUGAAAGGGACUUUUGUAAGUAACAUCGGUGGGGAAACAACACAAAAGAAGAAAGAAGAAAAAAAAGGACUGGUAUAUUUACCAAAAUUUGGAAGAUAUUUUACUAUUUGUUCUUCAAACCAAUCUCAUCAAAAAUAAACAAGCGAAAAGAUUUUAA